AUGGUUAAAAAGACGGCGCAUGACGAUCCCAACUCUAAAACCACCACACACCCCAUCUCCCCCCUUUUUGCUCUCACUUUUACUCGCAAACAAACUCACCGAAGACCCCCUUCCACGUCUUCCCAACUCCUCCCUCCCCCCCCCAAAAUGUUAGCCUUCGUCUUCGAAUCCAGCCCGAUAACCUCGUUCCGCGGCGCCCAAUUGCCCACCAGAUUAAGCAAAUGCCCUCCCCGCCGUAGCUACAGCGCCUGCCGCGUGGUAACCGCGAAAGCGCAGGUAACGUCCCCCGCGGUCCAGGAGGGCCGCAACCACAACGCCAGCAUCGACAAGCUGCUGGACGCCGGCCUGAGCGUCGUCGUGCUCAAGCGCGGCAAGGCCAAUUUGUUCCGCGACCAGCGAAACCCCAUGGUGUUUGCCGGCUCCGUUGAGCGACACAUACCCCUGCCGGGGCACACCUUAUCCGACUGCGACCCCGUCGCCGUGUGCAAUGGCGCCUACGCCUGUCUUGGCUACGGCUUUUUUAAUCCGCAUAGUAUGUUUCGCGUGCGCAUGCUCAAACACGUUGCCCCGAGCGACGAGUUAGAUCCCCCGUUGCCCUGGGACUAUGCCGCCGAGAUCGUCGCCAGGAUGCGCAACGCUGUCGCACUCAGGGAGGCCAUCGCUCUGCCCGGCGAGGCCACCAAUAUUUACCGCGUCGUUAAUGGCGAAGGGGAUAGGCUCAGUGGAUUGGUCGUCGAUAGGGUCGCAGAUACCUUGGUCGUGUCCAGCUCGGCCUUGUGGUGUGAAAAGCAUAAAGACCGGAUCAUUGGUGGCCUAAAUGCUGUGCUUCCGUCCUGUGCCGAUAUUGUUUGGCGGCGCAACGUCGACAGAUUGAGACAAGAUGGCUUAGCUGACGAGGCCGAACAUCCGGCUCCGUUGAAUGGCGCAUCUACUUCACCGACGGAUUGCGACGUCAAGUAUGAGCUCUCGAGAUUCGCCCUAACCCGCGGUCAGAAGACCGGGCAUUAUGCGGAUCAGAGAGAAAAUAGAGCCUUUAUAAGGAAUCUGGUCAACCAGCGCGGGGGCUCAAAGCGGGUUCUUGAUUUGUUCUGCUAUACGGGUGGGUUUGCCAUGAACGCUGCGCUGGGGAGCGACGACUGUUCUGUCGUUGCCAUCGACUCUAGCGGGCGCGCGAUCGAAAUGGGUCAAAGAAACGCCGAAUUGAACGGCGUCUCUGACAAGAUAACGUUCGUGCAGUCGGACGUGAUCAAGUACUUACGAAGCGCCGAAGAAGACCAGGGGUCCUUCGACGUCGUGAUCGUGGACCCGCCCAAGUAUGCGCCGAACGUCAAGGCGUUGCCGCGGGCUACGCACAAGUAUCGGUCGCUGAACCUGGCGGCGAUGCGGAUGGUGAAACAAGGAGGACUGCUUUGCACAUGCUCUUGCUCCGCCGCCAUGACGCAAAAUCGGCACCUCUUUGUAGAGGUGAUCCGGGAGGCAGCCAGCUCACUGGGGCGCGAGGUCACCCUGUUGAAGACGGUGGGGGCAGCGUCGGACCACCCCGUCACACCGGAGAUGCCCGAGUCGGAGUACCUGACCAUGUGUGUGUUUCUCUGCCGUUGAGAUGGCAGUAAUGUGCACGUAAAGGCAAGAAAAUGAAUAGUUGACGCUGGCGGGCGUUUGGAGAUGCAGGUGUUCGCGAGUAACGGAGCAACUAGUUUCUUGUUUUUACUUGACAAUAUCAAUACACACAAAUCGAGGCACACAAGUUAUGCUUCGCAACUCUGUGUGGCCACAAAGCACGAGGAACGGUAGCUUGUUGCUCCAUUUUGCAAUACGGGCCUAGGUAAAAAAGCAGGUGCCUUACCUACCUAGGCGGAUGCGUCGUUCGCCCUCGCGGCGUCAUUCUCCGUAUCUAACAAA